GUGCUGGGCUGGCUGGCUGGCAGUGGGAACUAUCAAAACACUUUCUCCUCGUUCGUUCCAAUAUAUCACAAGCUAUACACUGGACUACAAUGCCUCACUGGACCUUUGUACUGUCCUGAGUUAGUAAUAUACUACAGCUACCUGAAACCUAUCCUGAUUACCCACCCGGAGCGACUAUGAGCGACCUCGCACGCGGCACGAGCACGAGUUUCUGCGAUAGAUCCCGCCACGCCGGCCAUGGACUCGAAUUACUAUUACCUCAAAGAGCAUGAUUCUCAAUGGCUACAAGAUAUAUUGCACCGUCGGGCGGAAGCGCUGCGAGCCGUUGGACAGUCGACGAGGGAUGAGAUUGCGCAGCAGCAGCAGCAGCAGCAUGUGCCCUCUCCGGACGAGGAACAGCAAUGGAGCAGUGCGGUGACAGUACCACCUGUCCAGAGCUUGGCCUGUGGCCGCUUCGAUAUCACACAGGAUGUUCUGCCUCCUGAUUUGCCCGUCUCCGACCAUGUUCACUUCAUACGCAACUUCGACUGGUCCUCCACGCCUUUGGGCCCCAUGGCCGGCUGGUCCACCUCAUUACGAUGUUUCGUAAACAUGGUCAACGCCGACAACAGAGCCGCUUGUCUAUGGUGGGGACCGCAAAGAAUUGCCAUCUACAACCAAGUAUACGUGCAAAUUGCUGCCCACCGACAUCCACGAUGCAUGGGGAAAAGUGCUGCAGAGGUCUGGCCAGAACUCCUCGAGGCCCCAUUUGGCCAGUCCUUUGACUUUGCAGAUCGCACUGGUGAGCCCUCCUCUGGCGAUCACGCUCAGUUCUUUAUACAGAGAAACGACGACCGGAAGCUGGAACUAUGGGCAUCGUGGGAAAUGAUGCCGUUGCCGGGUCCGGGCGGAAAUAUGGGGUAUUACAAUACUGCGACGGAUGUGACACAGGAGAUGCUGAAUAACAGGCGCAUGGAGACGUUGCAGAGCCUUGAUCAGUCGGCAAGCGAAGCGGGAAGUGUCAACGAGUUCUGGGGUCAAGUCCUACAGGCCCUUGAGGACAAUCCAUUCGAGGCGCCCUUUGUGGCAUUAUAUGGACCUUGCACUCUCACCAAGUCGGCCCGAGCAGCGCAGUUCCUAGGGGGACAAGAAGUCGAAGUGGAAGACCAUGACAGCUCGAUUUCUCAGGGUGAUUCUGUGUUCGCUGGCACGAAAUGGACACUCGAAGGGGUCCUGGGUGGGUCGCCGCCGGGAAUACUACCUGCUACCGUCGACCUCGACUCUGGCAAUGAGGAACUGACACCAUUGUUCCGAGCGGCAAUGAACACGAAGACUGUUCAGAUUCUGGAAUUGGCAGAUAUGGCCGCUCCCCUGCAACAAGCCUCCAAAUCUAGAGUUUGGGACGCAGAAGCAUGCUGUACCGUUGUUCUGCUGCCCAUAUGGUCUAGCUAUCAGGAACAUCGCUCCGGAUUCCUUUUACUGGGACUAAAUCCACGACGUCCUUAUGAUGAGCAUUACAGAAGGUUUGUUCGACUCUUCCAUCAUCAACUCACCACCACUCUGUCGACUCUCGUGACGGCAGAAGACGAGGCCAGACGCGGAAGAGCCGCGGCGAGAAUGGCUGCCAAAGACCGCAUACGUCUAGUAGAGAAGCUCGCGGCGAGUGAGCAUGAAGCCCAGCUGAGUGAGUUGCGAUUCCGGUCGAUGGCUGAUCUCGCGCCCAUUGGCAUUUUCGAGUUCAGUCCCGAGGGAAAACUGUUAUACGCAAAUUCGCACUGGAUCGAGCUCACUGGAUACCAGCCGGAAGCUGUUCAAGAAUGCAUGUCUUUGUCGAAUGCAUUGGCAGAGUCGGACCGCGCAGCGUUUGAGGAGCAGUGGAGCCAGCUCUUCUCAGGGCUGGAUGUCAAUUUCGAGUGUCGCCUAGACCGGCCAUACAGUACGCAAGAAACAUAUGCGGGUGAGCGUCUGGAAGGCGAGACGUGGGUGCUCAUCACCGCGUAUGCUCUUCAUGAUGAUACAAUGGACUCGCGGACGGAUCGGAUCACGGGCAUCUUUGGGUGUCUCGUGGACAUUUCCCGACAAAAGUGGAUGGAAGGCUUUCAAGAAAGGCGAUUCAAAGAGCAGACGGAGAGAAAACGGCAGCAAGAAACCUUCAUGGAUACGACUUCACACGAGGCUCGCAAUCCGCUCGCCGCCAUUACAUUGUGUGCGGACGAUUUGAAUUCCAUUGUGCGCGAGAUUCUCGACGGGGACGGCGAUGAUCUGGUGAUUCCACGACGGACGGCAACGGCGCUGCUGGAGAGCAUCGACAUUAUUGUAUCUUGUGCUCGGCAUCAAAAGAGAAUCAUCGACGAUGUGCUGACGUUCAGCAAGCUGGACUCUGGAAUGCUGAAAACAUGUCCGAUGCCCAUGCGGCCUAUAGAAGUCGUCGAUCAGGCUUUGAAGAUGUUCCACAACGAGCUCCAGCGCAGCAACGUCGAGCUGGAUUAUCGAGUGGGCUCAUCGUAUGGAGAAUUGGGAGUCGAGUGGGUUCUUCUAGAUCCCACUCGUUUCUUGCAGAUUCUAGUAAACUUGUUGAACAACGCAGUGAAAUUCACCAAGCACGAAGAUUCACGCCGCAUCACUGUGACACUGGAGGCCUGCUAUCCCCGACCCACCGGAAAGGAGUAUGGAGUGGUCUUUGCUCCUUUCACCCCACGCCAUGGCGCGCAAUCUUCUGUGGACCUGAGCGAUACACUGCUCGAUGGAACUCGGACGCCUCGCGAUGGUAUUUACAUCUAUGUCUCUAUCAAGGACACUGGAGUCGGAAUCAUGCAACAUGAACUCGAUCAUCUGUUUCAACGCUUCCAACAGGCUUCACCCAAGACGUACGCUCAAUAUGGAGGUUCGGGGCUGGGCCUUUGGAUAUCGAAAGAGCUAUGUGCAAAACUCGGAGGUCAAAUCGGAGUCGCGUCGACUGUCACCAGUGACAAGUCGACUCAUGGAUCGACUUUUGCAUUCUAUGUUCAAGCACCGAGAUGUGCAUCUCCCACUGCUCAACAGCAGCAAAUCGAGACGGAUAACAAUGUCGAAACGGCUCGUAAAGUCUCUCUGGACGAAGUCAAAAUUGACAUGAGCCCCUUGCCGAGUGCGCACAAGGAGCCCACGGACACGCACACGCAGCUCCCAGUGAAGUCACCACCCGAAAAAGCAAUCACGAAUGGGACCUCCUCCUCCCCCUCCGACUUGCCAACACCAGUAGUCCGACUGCUCGUCGUCGAAGACAAUCUCAUCAACCAAAAAGUCAUGCGAAAACAACUUCUCCGAGCAGGAUUCGAAGUCGCAGUCGCCAAUCACGGCAAAGAAGCUCUCGAGUGCAUUUAUCCUACCUCAUCUCCUCCUCACCAAACUCUUCCACCCCCACCACCAUUCGACGUCAUCCUCAUGGACGUAGAAAUGCCCAUCAUGGGCGGUCUCGAAUGCACCCGUAUCAUCCGAUCUCGAGAGCAACAACAGACGCAAACACAUAAUUCCUCCUCUACCAAAAAUAUCAACACCAGUAACAUCACCAGUAACACCACCACCACCAGCAGCGAUAGCAGCACCAGAUUUGUUUCGCGCUAUUGA